AUGUCUUUUGGGAGAGAUAUGGAGCUAGAACAUUUCGAUGAGCGGGAUAAAGCGCAAAGAUAUGGCAGAGGGUCUAGGGUAAAUGGCCUGCCCAGCCCGACCCAUAGUGCCCAUUGCAGCUUUUACCGAACCCGCACUCUGCAGACCCUCAGCUCAGAGAAGAAAGCCAAGAAAGUCCGUUUCUAUCGUAAUGGAGACCGAUACUUCAAAGGGAUCGUAUAUGCCAUCUCCCCAGACCGAUUUAGGUCUUUUGAGGCUCUGCUGGCUGAUCUGACCAGAACUCUGUCUGACAAUGUGAAUUUGCCCCAGGGAGUGAGAACAAUCUACACCAUCGAUGGGCUCAAGAAGAUUUCCACCUUGGACCAACUAGUUGAAGGAGAGAGUUAUGUGUGUGGUUCAAUUGAACCCUUCAAAAAACUGGAGUACACCAAGAAUGUAAAUCCUAACUGGUCAGUAAAUGUCAAGACAACCUCUGCUUCCCGUACGGUGUCUUCACUUGCCACUGCCAAAGGCAGCCCCUCGGAUGUGAGGGAGAAUAAAGAUUUCAUCCGGCCCAAACUAGUCACCAUCAUCAGAAGUGGUGUGAAGCCACGCAAAGCUGUCCGGAUUCUGCUGAACAAGAAGACUGCCCAUUCAUUUGAACAGGUUCUCACCGAUAUAACCGAUGCCAUCAAACUGGAUUCAGGAGUGGUUAAGCGCCUGUAUACCCUAGAUGGGAAGCAGGUGAUGUGCCUUCAGGAUUUUUUUGGUGACGAUGACAUUUUUAUUGCAUGUGGACCAGAGAAGUUCCGUUACCAGGAUGAUUUCUUGCUAGAUGAAAGUGAAUGUCGAGUGGUAAAAUCCACUUCCUACACCAAAAUAGCUUCAACAUCCCGCAGAAGCACCACCAAGAGUCCUGGUCCAUCAAGACGCAGCAAAUCCCCGGCUUCAACCAGCUCAGUUAAUGGAACCCCUGGUAGUCAGCUCUCUACUCCCCGCUCUGGGAAAUCUCCAAGUCCAUCUCCAACCAGCCCAGGAAGCCUGCGGAAGCAGAGGAGCUCUCAACAUGGUGGCUCCUCUACCUCACUAGCAUCCACCAAAGUGUGCAGCUCCAUGGAUGAAAAUGAUGGACCUGGAGAAGAAGUGUUGGACGAAGGCUUCCAGGUUCCAGCCACAAUAGCGGAAAGAUAUAAAGUCGGGAGGACAAUAGGCGAUGGAAAUUUCGCUGUGGUGAAGGAGUGUAUAGAAAGGUCAACUGCUAGAGAGUAUGCUCUGAAAAUCAUCAAGAAAAGCAAAUGUCGAGGCAAAGAGCAUAUGAUCCAGAAUGAGGUCUCUAUUUUGAGAAGAGUGAAGCACCCCAAUAUCGUUCUGCUGAUUGAGGAGAUGGAUGUACCAACUGAGUUGUAUCUUGUCAUGGAAUUAGUAAAGGGAGGUGACCUUUUCGAUGCUAUUACCUCCACGAACAAAUACACAGAGAGAGAUGCCAGUGGAAUGCUCUACAAUCUGGCUAGUGCCAUCAAAUACCUGCAUAGUUUGAACAUUGUUCACAGAGACAUCAAACCGGAGAAUCUGUUGGUUUAUGAACACCAAGAUGGCAGCAAAUCUCUAAAGCUUGGAGAUUUUGGCUUGGCAACCAUUGUAGAUGGCCCCCUGUACACUGUCUGUGGUACUCCUACAUAUGUGGCUCCAGAAAUCAUUGCAGAAACUGGAUAUGGCCUCAAGGUGGACAUCUGGGCAGCUGGUGUGAUUACUUAUAUCCUGCUGUGUGGUUUCCCUCCAUUCCGUGGAAGUGGUGAUGAUCAGGAAGUGCUUUUUGAUCAGAUCCUGAUGGGUCAAGUGGACUUUCCUUCUCCAUACUGGGACAAUGUUUCGGAUUCUGCCAAGGAACUGAUUACCAUGAUGCUAUUGGUGGAUGUUGAUCAGCGGUUUUCAGCUUUGCAGGUCCUUGAACAUCCAUGGGUUAAUGAUGAUGGCCUCCCUGAGAAUGAACAUCAGCUGUCAGUAGCUGGAAAGAUAAAGAAGCAUUUCAACACAGGCCCCAAGCCCAACAGCACAGCAGCCGGGGUUUCUGUCAUAGCACUGGACCACGGGUUUACCAUCAAGAGAUCAGGGUCUUUGGACUACUACCAACAACCAGGAAUGUAUUGGAUAAGACCACCGCUCUUGAUAAGGAGAGGCAGGUUUUCCGACGAAGACGCAACCAGGAUGUGAGGAGCCGGUAUAAGGCACAGCAAGCUCCCCCUGAACUCAACUCUGAAUCGGAAGACUAUUCACCAAGUUCAUCGGAGACUGUUCGCUCACCUAACUC